AGAGUAACUUCCGGCCAGGCCGCUGUUUGGGUGGCGCGGCCGAGUCCUCGCGGGCUUCGCCGCUUCGGGCUUCCACUGCCUUCCCCCCGCCUCGUGCGGGGGGUUGGGCGGCCGCGGGAGGCUGCUCAGACCUUCCCCGCGCCUGCGGUCGGCCCAGCGCCGUGGCUCUGCGCGCGGGGGCCCGGGGUCUGAGGGGCUGCGGCCUACCCGGGCCCGCCGCUCAGCCCCAUGAGGCACAGCCUGACCAAGCUGCUGGCAGCCUCGGGCCGCGACUUCCCGAACCACCGCGACAGCCAGGGUCCGUCCGCCACGCGCGCGCCGCCCCGGGACCCGACUGGGGCAGCGGCGGGGGCGGAGACGCCGAGGCCGGGAUCGCCUGACCGCGAGCAACCUCACGGGGACGCGGGCGAGCGGGAGGCCCGGAGGGGGAGCCGCGGUAGCGUGGCCGUGCGCGCGCCCGCGUCCUCGCCAGUGAAGAUGGAGGAGGAGGAGGAGGACGCGAUCGCUAUGGUCCCCAAAGAGGAGCCGGAGGACAUGGACUUUCUCUCCGGGCUGGAGCUGGCCGAUCUGCUGGACCCUCGGCAACCGGACUGGCACCUGGAGCCCGGGCUCAGCUCGCCCGGGCCUCUGUCCUCGUCCGGCGGAGGCUCGGAUAGCGGCGGCCUGUUGAGGGGGGACGACGACGACGAGACGGCGGCCGCAGAGAUGCAGCGCUUUUCUGACUUGCUGCAGAGGCUGUUAAACGGCAUCGGAGGCUGCAGCAGCGCCAGCGACCGCGGCAGCGGGGAAAAGAGGCGGAGAAAGUCCCCGGGAGGAGGCGGUGGCGCCAACGACAGCAACCAGGCUGCGACCAAGAGUCCCCGGAAGGCGGCGGCGGCCGCUGCCCGUCUUAAUCGGCUCAAGAAGAAGGAGUACGUGAUGGGGCUGGAGAGUCGAGUCCGGGGACUGGCAGCCGAGAACCAGGAGCUGCGGGCCGAGAAUCGGGAGCUGGGCAAACGCGUGCAAGCAUUGCAGGAGGAGAGUCGCUACCUACGGGCUGUCCUAGCCAACGAGACCGGACUGGCUCGCCUGCUGAGCCGGCUGAGCGGCGUGGGACUGCGGCUGACCACUUCACUCUUCAGAGACUCGCCCGCCGGUGACCAUGACUACGCCCUGCCGGUGGGGAAGCAGCCGCAGGAGCUGCUGGAAGAGGACGACGCGGCGGGAGGAGUGUGUCUCCAUGUGGACAAGGAUAAGGUGUCGGUGGAGUUCUGCUCGGCGUGCGCUCGGAAGGCGUCGUCGUCUCUUAAAAUGUAGGGUCAAGUAAUCUGCUCUUUAUCCGCGUUUACCCCUUUCUACUCCCUUACACCAUGUAAAACACCUUAGUGGGACAUCUUCACCGGACGCAUUUCAGAGGCGGAAAAAAAAGUAAUAUUAAAUCUUUUAAGUGUUUAGCUAAAAAGCAUGAAUGUGACACUGUAACCAACUCCUAAUGAUAACCUGUGACUAUUAAAUCUCUCUGACAGUUUCUUUUUUAGGUGAUUUCCUUCCUGCCAGGCUCCGUUGUAGGGGUUACAGAACAGUCGUUCCCGCCUCACAACCUGUGGAUACAGCUGUUGGGGCAGAAGAGACGGGACCAGCUGCUGGCCACAUUUCCUGCUUUAUUUUAAAAGGUAGUAUAAGAAAUAAGGAAACAGAGGUAAUAUCAGGGCUUCUGCUGUCUUUUAUUUUUAAAAUGUUCAUAAUUAAGUAUUUUCCAGCAGUCCAAAGAUGUAAGUUAUCCUACAAGUAAGAUGUUUUAUUUUGUUAUUUGGUUAUGGAAAUGGAAUCUUGUUCUUGCACAACUAACUGUAAAUGUUUUGUUGCUAGAUAAUAUGAUUUUGAGACCUAAAUUAGUCUCUGGUUUUUCAGUAUAUCACAUUUUGUAAAAUUACCUACUGCACUUGAGCAUGAAUGGGUAGUAGCCAAACUCACAACUUGGAGUGACGGACCUGCUUCUACAAGGGUAGGAACAAGCCCCCACAAUGCAGCUGCAUGGAUUUUAGUGCCUACUGAAUUAUAUAUAUAUACAUAUAUAUAUAAACCAAAAGUAGUUGGAAACUUAUUUGAAAUGACUAAUUUGUGCUCUUUCUGAAGUAUGUUAAAUGUAGCUUUUGAAACAGAAGCCUUGAAUUGAAAUUUAAUACUUGAACUUUUUUGUAUAUAUUUCUUUGUAUAUAAUUUUGUGCAGAACCAAUGACAAAAAUAUGGUGUCAUAAUAAAAUCAGGUUUGUUGAUCUUUCAGUCAUGGGCUCAAAGAAUUUAUUCAUCUCUAAUGUGACAUUGGAAAGUAAUGGAUGAAAAUAGGAAAAAUGGUUGUUGUUAAUAUAGAUUUUAAUCAAAAGGUUCUGGAAGCAGUAAGUUUUCCCAAAAAGUUAUACCAUUUCUGUGGAAUAUUUUCUUAACCUCAGUGCUUUAACUGCAUUUGAAGUGUAGGCUUGGGGAAAAUCAGUUUUUGAAUUUGGAUGUUUUGAAAUUCCAAGUACCAAGUUCUAGACUGUCAUUUUAUAAAUGGCAGUUUGGAGAAUUAGGAGUUCUCGACAGUGGCAAGAUUAGAGUGUCUUAUUUUUAAAGCUGCUUUCUUAGGUUCCUUAUGUCUUAUUAACUGUCUUUUCUGUUUCCAUUUCAUUGUUUCUUUUCUAGUUUUGGUGACAAUGAUUUUUGUCAUUUUUUUGCAUCAACUCAUGGUCUUGUGUUUACAUGGUAACUGCAUGUAUUUAGGACCUAUCAGGGGCUUUAAAGAAAUUUGAUCAUAUUUAUGUGUAAGCACAUUUUACUGUAAAUGUUUGGGUUUAAUUUACAACAGUUGUUUAUUUCAGUGUGUAGUAAACAGUAAUCUUAAGUGUCCUGUUCACUACUUGUUAAUUAAAAAAGUUAUGAUUAAUAUAAAACUGUUGUCUUACUAUUUUUAGAAAAUUGUGUUGUGAAUAAUUAGUAUUUUGAUAGAGUUCUGAAAUACAAAAUAGAUUCCUUUGAAAUUUUCAAGUUUGUGUGUAUUUACUGUGAUGGUUGAGAACAAUUUAGUAUUUGGGAAACCGUUUCAGGUUUUUUUCCCUGAUUUGUACCCAUGUAAAAAUGCUAGAAAACCUAAAAAUGUACCUGUCUUCCUAUGGUAGUUAAUAUUCAUACAUUAAUUGACUAACACAUAUUGGCAUAGUAAUUCUAUCAUAGUGGCUUAAGUUUUUAUCCUUUUUUUUAACCAUACUUAAAAGUAUGUUUGUUAAAAAAUGUAGUCACACCUCUGAUAUAUCCGACAAAGUAUUCAAAAUAUUUUAAAUAUCUGUACAUUUCAUACUCGCUAAAUUAAUCUCUUUCUCUUCUCUUUAAACAGCUUAGCAGUAUCUGCAAAAACGAAUCUUUUCCUACAACCUGUUAACUGACUGGACUGAUGGUAACAGUAAUUGUGGGAGCCAUGUCGGUCAAAAAUUUGGCAUCUGCUGAAAAACAUGAAUGCCAUUUCCAAGGUCCCAAAUUACUUCUAUACUGAUUACACUUUCCAGAAAUGGAGAUAUGAAAAGAUUCUCUGGAAUGCUUGAAAGACUUAAUAGAAAUCCAUGAGACUAAGUUAAUUUUUGGAACAAAAUUUACACCUUUUUUUUUUUUUUUACAUUCAUGGCAAUGACACUAAAUUUAUUGCAUACUUUAAAAAAAAUUGUAACCAUUGGAGAAGAGAAUUAUAGUGUUCCAGAAACAUUAGAUUUUUAUACAAUCAAGGACAUUUUGUGGCAUUAGACUUAGUGGGUGAGAAUGACAUAAAUAGGCUAGCAGUGAUCACAAACCUUGUGAGUUUGUAUUCUGGAAUGUAAAGAGCUGCUUUGGAAGACAGACACCUUGCUGAGUAGAAUAAAGUCCUUAACUAAAAGAUUAGUGUUUUAAAAUAGAUGGAUUGAUUGUAUGUUUUGAAAAAGUGAUUCCAAAUAAUGUGCGAGUGCUAAUUUAGGGUAUCAUGAGCAUGUGUGCAAAUUCCAAGGUUUGGAAUCUUGGAUGUUCUGAGUACUUGAUCUCGUUGAAUGUGUUGAGGUUUUUGAUGAAUGAUACAGUUUCUACUUUUCUGUGAUAAAAUUUCUGUAGUAUUCUGUAAGGAUCUUUAUAUUCUGGAUGAUAAUGGCUAACUUCAUAAGUAAAAAAGCACUUAGAACCCAAUUAUUUUUCAUUAUUGUUGGAAUAUGCUAAUGCAUCUUUCAUCUGGUCUAGAUUGAGUUAUUUUUUGGCUCACUUGGAAAAUAAGCAGAUAGAAGAGGGAGAUGAUAGGAAGUGUAGUGUUAAUUACACUGUAACUUUGGUAAGCAAAAUCCAUCCAGGUUGCUCUUUUUCUUGUAUUUGUCUAUAUGUUCAGUGCCCAGAAAGCCAAACAGUAAAGGGAAUUUCCACAGACUUAUCUUUAAAGUGACUGAUGCUCCUAUAGAACAGACCUUGAAUACAGCCCUGACAGAACAGUGUGGAUAAUUCACUAAAAUGUAUUGUAAUAAUAUGCAGUUACCUGGUUGAGGCAUUUUGAAGGUAGAGAUCAUUUUUUUUUUUAACUAAAUAAAUGGUUCUUCAACACUGAA